CGCCGCCUCCUCUCCGCUCCGCUGCGGAGGACAGAGGACAGACUCACAGCGGAAACUUCUGCAAGGGGACACGGGGAAGUGCAACAGAGAGGAGUCUAAACCUGUGACUGCUGCUGAGCCCUUUGGGAGAUCCAUCCAGGUUUUUGCUCCUCCUAUGAGGACUCGUCCAGGAUCCGACACACUGUAGAGGCUGCUAUGUCUGUCUGAACCCACGGAGCUUCCUGCAGCCAUGGCCCAACAGAGCGCUGAGCUGUCCCACUGCUAGGCCACGGGGCAUCCGAGAGGGCAGAAGACAUGUUGGGACAGAGGCCCGGGGACCACUGCACUGAAUACUGUUACUAUAGCAACUACUGUAGUAACCAUGGAAACGCUAUGGAGGACUGGUCUGGUCUGCACUGUCAUCGUCGUCAUGGUUGCCGCAGAGGUCGAAGGAGAUCACAGAGAUGAGUUCGCCCAGUCACAAGCUGCCUUCCUGUCCAGUCUAGGCCAGUAUGAGAUUGCCAUCCCAGUACGUGUAGGACCUAACGGCGAGAUGCUGGACAAAGAAGAACACCACAGAAGAAGAAGACGCAGCACUGAAGACAGGCUGCCUGACUCUCUCUUCUACCAGCUGUCCACAUCACGUAACAACUUCCUGCUGAACCUAACACUGCAGGGAGGCCUGCUGUCCCGCCAGUUCAGGGUGGAGUAUUGGAAGAAAGGUCGAUUAGCCUGGAGUCAUCCUUAUUCUCCGCAUUGCCACUAUGUAGGACACCUCCAAGACCAGCCGCACUCCAGCAAAGUGGCCCUGAGCAACUGUAACGGCCUGCAGGGGGUGAUUGUUGCAGGGGGAGAGGAGUACCUGAUUGAACCCCUUGUCUCACCAGAUAACCAGACCAAGACGGAGAGGGGGGAGAGAGCAGAGGGGCGCCCCCAUGUGGUUUACAAGCGGUCAUCGCUCCGCCAUCAAUACAAAGGCCAAUCUUGUGGAGUCAUUGAUGAGAAGCCCAUGAAAGGCGCAUCAUGGUGGCAGCGAACUCUGAAGACGCCUCCCCAUCAUGUUGGUCGUGGCCAGCUGCCUCUGAAACGCUCGGUUAGCCGAGAGCGCUACGUGGAGACGCUGGUGGUAGCCGACAAGAUGAUGGUGGGUUAUCAUGGUCGCAGAGACAUCGAGCAGUACAUCCUGGCUGUCAUGAAUAUUGUUGCCAAACUGUUCCAGGAUUCUAGCCUGGGGAAUGCAGUCAACAUUGUGGUGACACGGCUCAUCCUGCUCAUGGAAGACCAGCCAACACUAGAGAUCAACCAUCAUGCAGGGAAGUCUUUAGACAGCUUCUGCAAGUGGCAGAAAAACAUCCAACACCGGAGCAGCUACGGUAACGCCAUACCAGACAACGGGAUCGCUCACCAUGACACUGCUGUGCUUAUUACCAGAUAUGACAUCUGCAUCCAAAAGAACAAGCCCUGUGAAACCCUAGGUCUGGCUCCUGUAGGUGGGAUGUGUGAGCCAGAGAGGAGCUGCAGCAUCAAUGAAGACAUCGGGCUGGGAACAGCCUUCACUAUCGCCCACGAGAUAGGACACACGUUUGGGAUGAACCAUGACGGGAUGGGGAACGCCUGUGGGCCCCGCAGCCAGGAGACCGCCAAGCUGAUGGCUGACCACAUCACCAUGAAGACAAACCCGUUCAUCUGGUCCGCCUGCAGCCGGGAUUACAUCACCAGCUUCCUGGACUCAGGUAUGGGCUCCUGUCUGAACAACAUCCCCCCCAAGCAGGAGUUUGUGUACCCCACCACAGCACCGGGUCAGGCCUACGACGCAGACGAACAGUGCCGCUUCCAGUACGGCGUCAGAUCUCGACAAUGUAAAUACGCGGAAGUCUGCAGUGAACUUUGGUGCAUGAGCAAGAGCAACCGUUGCAUCACCAGCAGCAUUCCCGCUGCAGAGGGAACCAUCUGUCAGACCAACACCAUAGAGAAAGGGUGGUGCUACAAAAGGGUGUGUGUGGUGUACGGGACUCGUCCGGAGGGCGUGGAUGGCGGCUGGGGACUGUGGUCACCCUGGGAGGAGUGCAGCAGGACCUGUGGAGGGGGAGUUUCGUCAUCUAUCAGACACUGUGACAGCCCCAGGCCAACAAUUGGUGGAAAGUAUUGUCUGGGGGAGAGAAAGCGCUUCAGGUCCUGCAAUAUUGAUGAGUGCCCUGCAGGCUCUCGGGAUUUCCGGGAGAUUCAGUGCUCUGAUUUCGACAGUGUUCCUUUCAGGGGAAAGUUUUACACCUGGAAGCCAUACAGAGGAGGUGGGGUGAAGCCCUGUUCUCUCAACUGCCUGGCAGAAGGAUAUAACUUCUACACAGAGCGAGCUCCAGCUGUGGUGGACGGCACGCCUUGCCGAGACGACUCUCUAGAUGUGUGUGUAAACGGAGAGUGUAAGCACGUAGGCUGUGAUCGAGUCCUCGGCUCAGACGUUCGUGAGGACCGCUGUCGGAUCUGUGGGGGUGACGGGAGCAGGUGUGUGUCUGUGGAGGGACUCUUCAACGACUCGCUGCCAGAAGGAGGUUAUGAAGAGGUGGUCAGAAUUCCCAAGGGAUCAGUGUUCAUCCACAUACAGGAGCUCAACAUCUCCCUCAACUACCUUGUGCUGAAGAGUAAAGGGGACCAGUACUUUAUCAAUGGAAAGCUGACCAUUGACACACCGCGCAGGUUCGACGUUGCCGGUACCACCUUCCACUACAGACGGCCCACUGACGGACCGGAAACCCUUGAAGCUCUGGGGCCAACAAACAUGACCCUCAUUGUCUUGGUGCUGGUGCGGGAGGAGAACCCAGGGAUCCACUAUCGCUUCAAUCCUCCAUUGAACAGGGAACCUCUGACUGGCUUCGCCUGGCACUACAACUCCUGGUCACGCUGCUCUGCUCUCUGCGCUGGAGGUGUGCAAACGCAGCAGGUGGUGUGCAGGAAGCAGGCGGAUCAUUCAGUCGUCUACAACCACUUCUGUGACAAGAAGAACAAACCCAAAGAGAAGAGAAGAUCCUGCAAUACUGAGCCGUGCUCCCCAUCCUGGUGGACAGGAGAGUGGUCGGAGUGCAGUCGCAGCUGUAACGGUGGCCUACGGACAAGGGCGGUGUUAUGUAAAAGGAGGAUCUCUGUGACGGAGGAAAAGGUGCUGGACGACUCGGCGUGUACGACCCAUCGCCCCUCUCUCACUGAGCCCUGCAACAACCACAGCUGCCCCCCCGAGUGGCUGGCCCUGGACUGGUCAGAGUGUACGCCCAGCUGUGGUCCUGGCUACAGGCACCGUGUGGUCUUGUGUAAGAGCGGGGAGAGCGGCGACAACCUGCCAGAGUCCAAGUGCCCCAAACAUGGCCGGCCCACCUCCAGGGUGCGCUGUAACCUGCAGCGCUGCCCUCCCCCUCAGUGGGUGACGGGUCCCUGGGGAGAGUGUUCUGCCAGGUGUGGUCUGGGUCAGGAGAUGCGUUCGGUGCAGUGUCUGACCCCCACCGGCCAGCCGUCCAAUGAGUGUCUGGAACAUCAGCGGCCAGCAGCCAUGCAGCAGUGCAAGAGCAAAUGUGACCUCAGUCUGCCCAUCAGUACAGACAACCCUGAAGAGUGUAAAGAUGUGAACACUGUGGCCUACUGCCCCCUGGUGCUCAGGUUCAAGUUCUGCAGCCGGCCAUAUUUCAGACAAAUGUGCUGCAAGACGUGCCAGGGACACUGACAUGGACACCGUGAAGCUCACAGCAUCCAACCUCUGGGUCCUGUACACACUCACAGUAAGCCUGAAACCCUCCCACUGAGCCUUGUAACAGCAGCCCUCACGCUGCCUCGAUCAGAGGAGUGUGAGGCCUAACUGGGAUGCUGUCGGACUGACAACUGGGUCACGUUACGGACCUUUUUUUCCAGCCAGAAUUCAGCACAAACCAGACGCCUCUCCGGGCCGAGCUGAGUGUUACAUUCCACUGGAGGGAGGGCUGCUGAAACCUGGAGAGACAGACAGAGGGAGAGAGUCACCUCCCUCCAUCGUCUGUCUCCCUAACGAUCCCUCUGUUGUAAUAUUUUGGUGCUACUAUAUUUCUCUUUGGCCGCAGGGCUGGUCGCAGUACUCUCUUAAACCUGUACAGGUGAUAUUUGUUUAGUUAAAAAAAAAAUCCACUUUGUAAAGAAAAUGAUUUCCCAGAUAUCGCUCAUGAAAAGGAAUAUGUUAUGCUAUAAAAUGAAAGAUUUCUGUGUUAUCUAAUAGUUGUUACUUGACCACAUUGUUUUAUGCCAUUGCUUCGUUCCGUAUUAUCCAUCAAGUCCUCGCUGUUAUUCAGCUGAAGUAUGAGCAGAGUUUGAUUUGCACAAAGUGUCAGCAGUCAGAGGACUUGUGUGUAUUUUAUGUUUUUCAUGUGAUUUGACUUGAUGUCUCUGUGGAAGCUAUAAAUGUCUCACUGCAGUGAACCUGCCGUAGUCUUGCCAUCGUGGUUAGUUUGCUUACAUUUCAUCACCUCUUCAGUCAAACAGAGCUCAAUGCUGCACAGAGCGAUGUGAGCAGAUUCACCUGGACAUUUUCAGAUUACAGGAUGUUAUUUUGUGGCUGCGGACUUCGGCAGCUCAUGCAUAAAGUCUUCAAAAAGGAACUUUUAACAGCUCUGCUCUGUCAUUAUCUGAAUAUCCCUCAGCGCGGGCCUUGUUGUUAAUUCUUUUUUUCUUUUCUUUUUUUUACCACAUGUUGCCAGUCAUUCGUCAGUGUUAGCAACUUUUACUGUGAGUGGAAACUCAGAGCACAGUGAGACACAGUUGAGUCAGCUCUGCCAGCAGGAACAGGCCCAGUGAGGAGGAGUGAAGACCUCUGACCGCACUGCUUUCAAACUGCUUUUUAUAGCACGAGUGCUAAUCUGAGGAUGGAUUUACACACCCAUAAAAUAUCUGAUUUCUUUGUGGCACAAGUCUGAUGUAUUCACGGCUGUCUGAAACCAUCAUUCAGGCUGCUGUAAAGGAUUUCUGCCACUUUUUUUUUCUUUUCAAAAUUAGAGCUCAUUUAAAUUCAUCUUCCAGUGUGGUGAAAGCUGAUUUUGUUUGGCCACAUGGGGGCAGCAAAAACAAGUUAUUUUAAGUUGUAGAGGUGAGCAAACAGUUGCUUAUCUACGCAUUCAGCAGUUACGGAGUAACAUUAUUAUAAUUCAAUAGGAGUCUUUGUGUGUUUGUGGUCACAUGACAAAUUUUAGUCUAAUAUUCACUCUCUUUAUAGCUCUGUUUUGGUCUCUAUCAACCCUUUAGAGAAAUAUCUGCCUCUUCAGCUGCUAAAUUCUCCACUAUGUUCAGCAGCUAGUUGCUAGCUGCGUCUGUCUGCUGUUUUGUGCUGAGCAGGUCGUGUACAGUGGGUUUUUAGAGCUUUUAGCUGAUAACAGCUGCAGCAUAAACAUAACUGUAAAAAUGCGACAGCUAUGAGCUUAAACUCGCUAUAAAGCUCCAUAAAGUCGAGGGGAGCUUCAGAUUCAGGUGACAAUUCUCUGUAGGUUCAAGAGUGACCUCUUUCACAUCCUUAUUUCAUACAUUGAUAUUGUAAAAAUAUUGAUCAUAUAUCGCUAUAAUGAAUCAACACAACCACAGGCAAAUUCACAAAAGGAUUGCUCAGCUUUUGCAGGCACGAAAACUGCAAAAAUAAAUUGUAUAACUGUCAAAGCACCCACAAAGAGGGAACUUCACCCCUAACCGUGCUGCCAAGCAAAUAGUGUUUCAGUGCUACUGUGCCAUUUGCACAUAUUUAAAAUUAGGUAAAAUGCAUACAUUUAAGGCAAAAAUGACCUCUUUCGAUGCAAAUGAGCCUCAUUGCAAAAACAAUCAAUUCACAAAGACCAGCGCUAUUUGCCCCACGCAGUUACAGUAAAUUAUUAGCGACUUCAGAGAGUAACUAAAACACAUUUAUAAGAGGCUUCAAUGCAUCUUCAAGCCUUCUUUUAUAGUCUGAAGGCCUGUGUUUGGAAACACCCACAGUACUGGAAGACUGGAAUAUUAAAGCGGUUUGUCUUUGUCCCGUUUGAGUUACUUGCCUGAAGUGUUUAGGAACGCAUCAGUGGUCAGGACCUGUAGCUACAACAAUUAGUCAACUUAUCAAUACGUCAAUGGGCGGUUAAAUAAUCUAACUAUAUAACUAUUUUUAAUUACCCAUUAAAGUUCUUUUUUCAUGCAAAAAAUGCAGAAAAUGCUGUUUUUAAGAUAUGGAUAUGGAGACUGCUUUUCUCUUUUAGAUUAAAUUAAAAUGAAUAUCUUUGAGUUGUGGGCUGACAGACUUUAUCUUGGACUUUGAGAAACUGAGAUUUUUCCACUAUUUUCUUACAUUUUAUAGCCCAAAUGAUUAAUGAAAUGAAUCGGAUUAACCAAUAAUGAAAAUAGUCAUAAGUUGCAGCCCCAAUCAAGACUUGUAGCUCAGAAAAUUGUAUCGUUCUUCUAUCCUCUGCCAUUAUUCUUCCUACUGUGAUCUUGGUGCAAAGUCAACAUUUACUUUUCCACCUAAAAAUGGAAACUUUACACACCUGUAAAACUUCCUGGGUAUGUUUGAGCUAUAAUAUUAUUGGCGCAAUAUCUUUUGUGAAUUGGACGAGAAAAUUCUGCAAAACUCCCAAGUAAACCUGGAUCAGCUUUUGUCCAUUGAAAGAUAAUGAUGUGAUGAUGUCACCCCUGAAGUCUUACUUCACAGGAAACAUGUCACCUGACCCAAAGUUGUGUAGCGCUAAUUUCAUUGAAGAUAUUUUAUCAAAAAUUGCAGUUUCAGCUGUUUCUGCAUCCUGAACACUUUUAGAAACGCUGCCUCAGAGAUCAGUCACCUCUGACGUCCACUGUGCUCUGCUGCUGCUGCGGCCGGUCUCUUCACAAACAUUCACACUGAUCACAGCUGAAAGCAGCUCCGUGUAACUCGACACGUCACAUCAUUUCAUCGUACAGAAGCUACAGUCUGUCUUUAUGGGGAUUAGCUGCAAUGUUGUUCCUUUUUUGUUUUUUUUGUUUUUUGUUCCUUGUGGUGCUUUGGUUUGGAUUGGUGCUAUUAGUUCACUGUUGUUGUCAUUGUUAUUAUUUUAACAAUUGUGCUUUUAAUUAUUUAGAAAUCAAGUUGAGCCUUUUGUAAUAAUACCAAUCUGCAGAGCUGGACCCCUCACACACUAGGGGCCUUUGUUCAUUUCUAUCAGACUAUAAGCUUUUAAAAUACACUUCUUGACUUAGGUUAAGUGCCUCAAAAAUCCCUAAAUGCAGCUCGACGUGCAAAUUUUAAAAUUAUAUCAAAUAUUUUAACAAUUUCUGAAGGGGCACUGUACAAAGUAUUGGCAUUUCCAAGCACUCUUAACAGUUUUGUGGUAUAAAAAUUACCUAUUUUGGCAGCAUUAAACAAACGUUUGGUUUUGGAAAUACCUUAAUAAAUUUUGGGUACUAAGAUCAAGUGUAGAGUCCCUAAAAGUGAAAAGAUCUGCUAAUCAAUCCAUGUGGAGCGUAGAAACAUUAUUUAAUUUAAAAUGUUCGUACAGUUACUGUGUACACCAUCAGAGUGUACAGCUAGAUCACCGCUGCAGUUUUUUUUUCAGGACUGAACAUGUUGAAACACCCUUUGUAUCAUUUCUCAGUUGCACAUAAAGUUUCAUAAGAUAUUUCUUGUUUCAGUGUCUGAAAGGCUUUUUGUUUUUUUCUCUGUAUCUACCUGUGCCUAUAAUAAAGGCUCACACUGAGAAGUGAGCCUGUUUUAUCUGAGUAAAUAAGAGGGACAGUACCGGUAAUUGUUGUUUUUGUUUUGUCACAUGCUAAUUAUAACAUGACAUGUACUGUAUGUUGUUCAAUACUAUAGAAGAUGAAUCCAUUUGUCCCCCAUGUACAUCUUUUUAAAAGAAAAUAUUAAAUUGAUUAAACAUGGCGCAUUGUUGAUUUAAGAAAUGGGA